UUGUAGUUCAUUGUAGUUGUAGCAGAUGAUAGCCAAUGGUAACAGAGUUGUCGGCAUGAUUGUCGGUACCUGACAAUUCCAUCAUGUGUGAUCAUUAUCACUUUCACUUUGUUUAUAACCUUAUCUAUUGUUAAAUUAAUAGUAAUGUUACAUUAUAUUUAAAGUAUAAUUCGAAUAUUUGUUUUUCGUAUAAUUUAUAAUCAGUGUUAUUCUAUGGACAUGUCGAUGACUACUGAAAAAGAGAUUGAACUAUUAUUAGCUGGUCAUUCUUUAGAAAUUGAUGACACGCAAAUAGCUAACCAUGCGGCAGCGAAUGAAAUAGGUCCAAAAGGAUUACCUGGUACAUAUGUACCACUUUGCCAAAAAACUGUAACAUACAUUGUUGCUGCUGUAGUCAUAAAUAAACAAGGAGAAGUAUUAAUGAUACAAGAGGCAAAAGCUAGUUGUAAUGGGAAAUGGUAUUUACCAGCUGGUAGAGUUGAACCUAAUGAAAAUUUGAUAGAUGCUAUUAAAAGAGAGGUAUUAGAGGAAACUGGCCUUAUAUUGAAACCAGAGACGUUGAUUUUAAUUGAAUGUGCGACUGGCUCCUGGUUUCGAUUUGUAUUUACUGGUACAAUAACUGGUGGGAAAAUGAAAACAUUGGAAGAGGCAAAUGAAGAAUCAUUGCAAGCAUGUUGGGCAAAGGAUGUUAACGAAUUGUCACUCAGAUCACAUGACAUAAUUUCUCUAAUAGAACGAGGUAAAAAUUAUGUCAUGAAUAAAGUUGGUUCACAGCAUCCGUGUUUAUUGCCAAUUUUUACACCAAUGAGCAAAUUAUUAUUACGACUUGUGAUCACCUCAAAGAAAAGAGCAACUAUUUGCGCUUUCAGUAUAAGGUCACUGGUGGUAGUUUUCAUAACAGAACAACGACAAUCUGAUUAUGACUGUGAAUGUGGAUGAAGGCUUAGGUUGGAGUUACAAUAGGUACACAUACAUGCACAUGCACUUGUACAUAUACAUUUAUAACAAUGAUUAUACUAUUUCAGUUUUCUUUGCUUUAGUCCAAAAUCAUACUAACUAUGUUUUAUAUAAUGUUUGAAUGAUACGUAUAAUAUUUCUCAUAGGAUCUAUUAUUCUUCGAUGAUGAAUAAUAUAAAUAUUAACUAUACUUCUACAAAUUAAUUAAUU